AUGCUUUCCAAGACCUUCACCACCGCUGCUCUGGCUCUUGCCGCCUCCACCCUGGUGUCUGCCCAGACCUCCACGGACUGCAACCCUCUCGAGAAGACUUGCCCUAACGACCCUGCCUUCGGAAAGAACGACGGCGACUGUGACUUCACCAAGGGCGCCUGCGGCAACUUCGAGAGCCUUCCCGGCACCACCCUCAAGUACAACGGCAACGGUGCUGUCUUCUCCAUCAGCACCGAGAAGGAGGCCCCUACUAUCCGCACUGGCAAGUACAUCUUCUUCGGCCGCAUCGAUGUCGUUGUCCAGGCCGCCGCCGGUGCUGGUAUCGUCACCUCUGCCGUUCUCCAGUCCGACGAUCUUGACGAGAUCGAUUGGGAGUGGGUUGGCGGUGACAACGCCCAGGCUCAGACCAACUACUUCAGCAAGGGUAACACCGCUACUUACGACCGUGGUGCUUUCCACCCCGUCUCCAACCCUCUGGGAUCUUUCCACACCUACUCUGUUGAGUGGACUUCUGCUGGUGUCAACUGGCUGAUCGACAACAACGUCGUCCGCAGCCUCACUGCUGCCAACGCCGAGGGCGGUGCUGCCGGCCUUCCCCAGACCCCCAUGCAGGUCAAGCUCGGAACCUGGGUCGCUGGUCGCAAGGAUGCUCCCCAGGGCACCGUCGAGUGGGCUGGUGGUUACACCGAUUUCUCCAAGGCCCCCUUCCUCGGCUACUACAAGAGCAUCUCCAUUGUCGACUACGCCGGUGCUGAUGCCCCUACCUCCAAGAGCGUCAAGGAGUACAUCUACGGCGACCACAGCGGCUCUUGGCAGAGCAUCAAGGUCUCUCUCGGAGACGGCAGCGAUGACAGCAGCGACUCUUCUUCCACCACCGCUGCCCCUACCUCCACCAAGGGUUCUUCCUCCUCCACCAAGGCUCCUGCUUCUUCCACCAAGGCCCCUGCUUCCACCACCGCCGCUGAGCAGCAGACCACCACCGCUGAGCAGACCACCCUGGCUUCUUCCACUGCCGCUCCCACCAAGAGCUCCGGCGGUGGCAGCGCCAGCAACGGCACCGUCUCCUCCACCGGCUCUGUCCAGCCCACCAAGCCUCCCACCGUCCCCGGCAGCGCUGGUGCCCGCACCGCCGCUACCCUCGGCAGCGUCUUCGCUGUUGGUGCUGGCCUUGCCCUUGCUCAGUUCCUCCUGUAA